UCCAAGAGGCUGCGGUUGGCCAUGGCCUCAGACACCACCAUAAGCCUUCCCGACUUGCUCUCUUCCUGGGAGGAGGACCGCAAGUUGGUCCUACCUGGCUGGUCCCUCAUCUCCAUCUUCCUGGCUACUUUGUUAGUGUUCAACGUGGUAGAUGGGCAGAUGGCCUAUGUGCAUGGUCCGUACACUGGUUUCAUCGGUCUCUGGAUUGACUGCAGGAGGCAUAAGUGUGCCAACGUGGGACAAUUCACUGUUUACAUUCACAUGAGCAAGGGCUUCGUAUUUCUGGCCCUGGCACUAUGCCUCAUCCUCCUGCCCACCAUGUUCCUCUCCUUUCGACCAGUCUGCCGCCGCCUGAAAACAAUAGACUUCAUCUUCAGUUUCCUCAGCAUUGUCAUCGUGCAGGGCUCCUGAUUCUCCUCAGCCUGACUCUUUGUGGUCAACUGCAAUAGGCUGCGCCUGAGGCCACAGGAACUUUGUCCUUCCUCAACCAGGUGCGGAUGUGGAGCUACAGUUUGCCUUCCAUGGAGCAGAGGCUCAGCUACUUCCGUUGGGCGGCUUGACACCACUCAUUGCAUUUGCAGCAGCAGACCAUUUUGGACAGGAACUUGGAGCCCGUCCAGAAGCUGUCUGAUGUAACCAGCUUUGUGAACUAUCAUGGGGCUCUCCAACAGAGGGACACUGCAACUUCUCAGGACACUGAUGAGUCUCCGCAGCAAGAUGCCUCCACCUCUGUCCCUGUGGCUCAGUUUCCAUCAGACCUCCCUUGAGGUGCCAUACUUCCCCUGAGAGUAGGUUGCACCCUCGGGACACAGGUGGCAAUCCCUGCUCCCUGCGGUCGGUCCUACUCCUUGCUGCCUGAGUCUUGGAAGGGACUCUUCUCUGGAAGUCCUCCAAUACUCUCAGUUGUGGCUGUGUCCCUCUGAGCAGACUAUGGUUUGUGGUCCUGAGCAGCGGGAGUAGUGUGGCCCUUUUCAGAAAAUGAGCAAUGUUCCUGCCCCACCUUAGACAUGACAUGCUCCAUAGUCACUCUUUAUCUUUUGGUCCAGCCCUACCAGAGACAUCCCCUCCAGGGGCCCCAGGUGGACAGUCUGCAGCCUAGCCUUGGGUCCAGUCCCUGCCCUUCUGUGGACAGACUCCUUCCCAGAAAAUUAAGGUUUAAUUAACAUAACACCGCUGCCCAACUCAAUAAAACUUGGUC